UAAAGAAAAAACGGGGAAAGAAAAGAGAGAGGAGAAAGCAAAACAGAGGGAUGACAUAGCCAAAGAGAUGAGGAUCCUACAGCUAAUUGAAUGUGUGAAAUUCUUCAGCUUUAACCAGCGUACCUAAGAUACGGGACCUACCCAGCCAAACCAAACCAAAGUACUUUGAAACCAAAAAGCAACGUAUACCAAAAGUGAACCAAAGCAAACUCAAGGUCCAAAAGCCUGAAUCCAUCAUCUAUCAGUGGUAUAUCUCAUAUCAUCAAGAUGAAGCUCGAGAGCGCAUCAGUAGACACGAGCCGAUGGAGGGAGUUGGACUUUGCCUUGAACUGCACCUACAUUGUGCCGGACCAGGUGUCGGAUCCGAGCUUCAGCCUCCCCAAAGCGAUGACUUCCAUCCCGCGCAACCUUACCUUUGAAUACAGCACAGAAAAUGAGGUGACAGGUGUUUUUAGCAAAGAAUACAUUCCUCAGGGGACUCGCUUUGGCCCCCUGCAAGGAGACAUCUACACCAAAGACAACGUCCCCAAACAAGCCAACAGGAAAUACUUCUGGAGGAUUUACAGCGGUGGCCAGCUCCAAAACUUUAUUGAUGGCUACGAUGAGCACAGGAGCAACUGGAUGCGUUACGUCAACCCAGCCCGCUCUGUGACUGAGCAGAACCUGGUAGCAUGUCAGAACGGCAAGGACAUCUACUUCUACACCGUCCGACCAGUAGAGCCCAGUCAGGAGCUACUGGUGUGGUACAGCCCGGAGUUUGCGCAAAGGCUCUGCAGCCAACAAACAGACAUCAAACAGAAAUACACAAGCUCCGAAGAAGACCAAGAGCCAGAUUACACAAAACAGCACCUACCUCAUCAGACAUGGCUCAAAGAGAGAACAAAAGAAGAGGUGAAAGAGGAGCGGGAUGAAGACGGAGAGAGGGAGAUUGAUGUGGAAAUGUUAGAGCGAGACACUCCACCCGACACGCCUGAUGACCAAAUCAUGGACUUCAGCAAGAAGGUCGAGAAGGAAGAGCCAAGCGACAGAGAACCUGAAGACCAAGAAAUUGUUCCUUCCCCUCAGCCUGAACACAGGGAGCCAAGUGUGGGCUUAAAUCACCAGUACUUACCUGAUCACCGUACAUCCAUUCCUUCUACGCACAGAAAUCUUCCUCUUCACCUUCAUGGCAUCUAUGGGCACAGGGAGGGCCUUGUUUCAUCUUACCCUCUUUACACCCAGUCCAGACCCAUCCAGCCUGCCUACCAGCUAAUUUCUCCCUACAGCUCACACUAUUCUCGCCUCCUCCUCCCCUCCUACUCCCCUCCCUUCCCUGGGAUGCUGCCCUCAAGAGGAUCCCUUCGAUACAACAGCUAUCUGGGAACAGAUGGACUCCCAUAUCCACCAAUUGGACAGCCUAAUCUCCUUCCAGUGUCCCUUCCAUAUCCUCAAUCCCUCCAAGGUGGUCUGAAAGAACUUACACCCAAUGUGUCUCCACCACGAGGUGCCCCAGCCACUCCAGAGCUUUCUCCUGUCCCCAAGACCAUCAGUCAGCAUCAGUUUCCAGAGCAGUCGCCCUCUGGUUGCGAGGAAGCCAUGAAUUUAAGCCUGGCAACAACCAAAACCAACACAGCACCACGAAACGGCCCCGGCCACAAAUCCCUGCCUUACCCACUGAAGAAGCAGAAUGGCAAGAUCAAGUAUGAAUGUAACAUCUGCUCCAAGACUUUUGGACAACUCUCAAACCUCAAGGUCCAUCUCCGAGUGCACAGUGGUGAGAGACCAUUCCAGUGUGACCUUUGCAAAAAGAGCUUCACUCAGCUGGCCCACCUCCAGAAACAUCACCUUGUCCACACAGGAGAAAAGCCACAUGAAUGUCAGGUGUGUCACAAACGCUUCAGUAGUACCAGCAACUUGAAAACACACCUGCGCCUCCACUCUGGGGAAAAGCCAUACCAGUGCAAGCUGUGCAACACCAAGUUCACCCAAUACAUCCACCUCAAACUGCACCGCCGCCUCCACAGCAGCCGUGACCGCCACUACCGCUGCCAGCUCUGCACUCAGACCUUCUUUCACCGCUUCUCUCUACGCAUACAUCAGCGCAGCUGCUGCCUGGCUAACUCAAACGCACCCAUCAAUGUACACAUGAAAGAGAUGUUGGAGCGAUUUGACGCCAGUCAAGAGGCUGACACGCUCACAGAGGUGGCAACGGAACUGCAGGUGGAGGAAGCUGUAGAGUGCUGGUUGGCUCGUACUUUUGAAGGGGAGGGGAAAGAGGAUCAGAAGGAAGCCACCAUCCUGUUAAAAGCUCUGACAGCUGCUAUCAAUGCACCAACACCACCAAUGGCCCAAUCAGCUAUAUCCACAUCGCACCACUGCCCAUCCCCAGCCUAUCAGGAGAGGGCCAGUGUGGUUCACUUCCACAAACAGCCAACCGUAAAGACUGAAGGACAGUGAAAGGGAAUUGAUAUGUUCAACCAAAAAACAGAAAUCGCCAAAUAAAGCUUCCUUUAUUGUCCAUGAAAGACGUAAGGGAAACAUAAACCUCCAUAAUUCAAUGAGCGCAGCACCAAAAUGAGAGCAUUCCAAAGACUGAGCAAGGGUAUCCAGUGAUUGUACUUUCUCCCAAAGUCAGUUUAGAAAGUAAUAACUAUGAGGAUGCUGUUAAACUGUGAAGUAUUGUAACUCUUUUCACUCAGGUAGAGAAGAGUUUGCUUUUUUUGUGCUUAACUUAUUACCUUUCUGCAAUUUGAGUCAUCUCUAUUUAUUUAGUUGUAUCAUAGUGUGUCUUCUGCUAGUGUUUUUCUUCUGAUAUGUUGACAUUUCCAAGGAGAUUGAAUCUCUUUGGAGAAUCAAAGUGGACUCAGGAACAAUAAUGUGGCAUAAACCUGGCGACGAGUCUUCACUUGUUGUACUGUGCAUUGUUAUAUUUUGUGUGUUUGAGCUUUGGGGUGCAUGUAUAUAUGGAAGUUUUGAUAUGAAUGACAAAGCACAAACCCCCUUCUUGCUCCUCAAUUGCAUGCAACUAUUUUAUUUAUUUAUGAUAUAAAAGGGAAAAUCAGGUAACUUGACACAGUGUGUUAAUAAGCAAUUGCCAAAAUUACAAUGAAAGACCAGAAAUGUGUAAAGUAUUAACAUUUUGGAUCAUUAUUCCACUGAGAGGGCUUGGAAGAUGUUCAGAAAAAGCAUUAUUCACCCUUUUUGCGACGUCUUUUCACAGCUCAUUUAACUGUUAAUGAAAACCUUUACUGUAGCAAAUAUGCACUGUCCGGGAUGAAACCAAAUGGUACCAGAACAAAUAUAAUACCACAUUCUCAUUAUAUACAAGUAUUACUUCAAAGUAUGUUUAAGAUUCUCUGAAAAAGGGCUUUCUUCUAUUUUACUGCACUCUACUACUGUUUUUAUGUGAAAACGUUUUACUAUCUCUUAAACACAAAGCUUUACUGUUUAUGUUUGUAACCUUGAGCUGCAUCCAAACCCUAAUUUAGACAGAACCUCAUAUUCAGCACUGGACAGCAAUGACUAGCAAAACAAAGGCACAUAUUUCUUUGUUAUUUUUGUCACUUAGCACUGAAUUAAAAACAGGAUAUUUUUUUCUUGA